AUGCAGAAGAGCGUGCGCUACAACGAGGGGCACGCCCUGUACCUGGCCUUCCUGGCGCGCAAGGAGGGCACCAAGCGCGGCUUCCUGAGUAAGAAGGCGGCCGAGGCGAGCCGCUGGCACGAGAAGUGGUUCGCCCUCUACCAGAAUGUGCUCUUCUACUUCGAGGGCGAACAGAGCGGCCGCCCAGCGGGCAUGUACCUCCUGGAAGGCUGCACCUGCGAACGGACGCCCGCGCCACCCAGGGCCGGCGCGGGACCCGGAGGCGGCCGGGACGCGCUCGACAAGCAGGUGGCUUUUAAUUGGGCUCCCAAGCAGCAGCUGCUGUGGAGGUGCUGGCUGCAGCCUUUACAUCAGGCCAGUUCAUUAAGUGUUUCCUCUCCCCAGACCGGGUAUUACUUUACUGUUCUUUUUGGCCACGAAGGUCAGAAACCACUGGAGCUGCGCUGUGAGGAGGAGCAGGACGGUAAAGAGUGGAUGGAGGCCAUUCACCAGGCCAGUUAUGCAGAUAUUUUGAUUGAGAGGGAAGUGUUAAUGCAGAAGUACAUUCAUCUAGUUCAGAUCGUAGAGACAGAAAAAAUUGCAGCUAACCAGCUCCGACAUCAACUUGAAGAUCAAGACACAGAAAUCGAAAGGCUUAAAUCAGAGAUUAUCGCUCUUAAUAAAACCAAAGAACGAAUGCGACCUUACCAAAGCAAUCAAGAAGAUGAGGAUCCAGACAUCAAGAAGAUUAAAAAGGUUCAGAGCUUCAUGCGAGGAUGGUUGUGUAGAAGGAAAUGGAAGACCAUUGUGCAGGAUUACAUCUGUUCUCCUCACGCUGAAAGUAUGAGGAAGAGAAACCAGAUUGUGUUCACCAUGGUGGAGGCGGAGUCAGAGUACGUGCACCAGCUCUACAUCCUGGUCAAUGGCUUCCUCCGGCCCCUGCGAAUGGCCGCCAGCUCCAAGAAGCCCCCCAUCAGCCAUGACGAUGUCAGCAGUAUUUUUCUCAACAGUGAAACAAUCAUGUUUCUCCAUGAAAUAUUUCAUCAAGGACUAAAGGCAAGGAUAGCGAACUGGCCUACUUUAAUUUUAGCUGAUCUGUUUGAUAUUUUGCUCCCCAUGCUGAACAUUUAUCAAGAAUUUGUGCGUAAUCACCAGUACAGCCUCCAAGUACUUGCCAAUUGUAAGCAAAACAGAGAUUUUGACAAACUCUUAAAACAGUACGAAGCCAACCCUGCCUGUGAGGGGAGGAUGCUGGAAACGUUCUUGACCUAUCCAAUGUUUCAGAUCCCCAGGUAUAUCAUCACACUGCAUGAGCUCCUAGCUCAUACACCCCACGAGCAUGUGGAGAGGAAAAGUCUGGAGUUUGCUAAAUCGAAACUAGAGGAACUAUCCAGAGUAAUGCACGAUGAAGUCAGCGACACUGAAAACAUAAGGAAAAACCUUGCCAUAGAAAGAAUGAUCGUGGAGGGCUGUGACAUUUUGCUGGACACCAGCCAAACUUUCAUCCGCCAAGGUUCUCUUAUUCAAGUACCUUCCGUUGAGAGGGGGAAACUUAGUAAAGUUCGCCUGGGUUCGUUGUCUUUGAAAAAGGAAGGAGAGAGACAGUGCUUCUUAUUUACAAAACACUUUUUAAUUUGUACAAGAAGUUCAGGAGGAAAACUGCAUCUGCUCAAGACAGGUGGGGUUCUCUCUCUCAUAGAAUGUACAUUGAUUGAGGAGCCCGAUGCAAGCGAUGAUGACUCCAAAGGUUCUGGGCAAGUGUUUGGGCACCUGGAUUUUAAAAUAGUGGUGGAGCCUCCCGACGCUGCUUCCUUCACCGUGGUCUUAUUGGCACCUUCGCGCCAAGAGAAGGCUGCCUGGAUGAGCGACAUCAGUCAGUGUGUGGACAAUAUACGAUGUAAUGGUUUAAUGACUAUAGUGUUUGAAGAGAAUUCCAAAGUUACUGUGCCACAUAUGAUUAAGUCUGAUGCCCGUCUUCAUAAGGACGACACUGACAUUUGCUUCAGUAAAACACUCAACUCCUGCAAAGUGCCCCAGAUCCGGUAUGCCAGCGUGGAGCGCCUCUUGGAGCGACUGACAGACCUGCGCUUUCUUAGUAUCGAUUUCCUCAACACCUUCCUGCACACCUAUCGGAUUUUCACGACCGCCGCUGUGGUGCUGGGGAAGCUUUCCGACAUAUACAAGAGGCCUUUCACCUCCAUCCCUGUCAGGUCAUUGGAAUUGUUUUUUGCUACCAGCCAGAACAACAGAGGUGAACACUUGGCGGAUGGAAAAUCCCCACGUCUAUGUCGCAAAUUCUCUUCCCCACCACCGCUGGCUGUGUCCCGAACAUCCUCCCCAGUGAGGGCCAGAAAGCUGUCCUUGACUUCUCCCUUGAACUCAAGGAUAGGAGCAUUGGACCUGACCACUUCCUCGUCAUCUGGCAGUCCCACCACCACCCAUAGCCCCGCUGCAUCCCCACCGCCACACACUGGUAAAGUACCGUUGGAUCUUAGCAGAGGCCUCUCUUCUCCAGAACAAAGCCCGGGAUCUAUAGACGAGAAUGUAGAUAACCCCCGCGUGGAUCUGUGUAACAAGCUAAAGCGAAGUAUUCAAAGAGCAGUCCUAGAGUCUGCACCAGCCGAGCGAGCAGGAGCGGAAAGCUCCCCCGCAGCGGACAGCACGGAGCUUUCACCCUGCAGGUCCCCCUCGACUCCCCGGCACCUCCGCUACCGCCAGCCUGGAGGACAGACAGCUGACAAUGCCCACUGCUCUGUUUCACCGGCUUCCGCUUUUGCAAUUGCCACAGCUGCGGCAGGACACGGGAGUCCACCAGGGUUUAACAACACUGAGAGAACAUGUGACAAAGAGUUUAUUAUACGGAGAACAGCCACCAACCGAGUACUGAACGUCCUCCGUCACUGGGUCUCAAAGCACGCACAGGAUUUUGAGCUCAACAACGAAUUAAAGAUGAAUGUCCUAAAUUUGCUAGAAGAAGUUUUGCGAGACCCAGACCUUCUUCCCCAAGAAAGGAAAGCCACAGCAAACAUCCUGAGAGCCCUUUCACAAGAUGAUCAAGAUGACAUCCACCUAAAAUUAGAGGAUAUAAUUCAAAUGACUGACUGUCUGAAGGCCGAGUGCUUCGAGACCUUGUCAGCCAUGGAGCUGGCAGAGCAGAUCACCCUCCUGGACCACAUCGUUUUCAGAAGCAUCCCCUACGAAGAGUUUCUUGGGCAAGGGUGGAUGAAGCUGGAUAAAAAUGAAAGAACACCUUACAUUAUGAAAACCAGCCAGCACUUCAAUGAUAUGAGUAACCUGGUGGCCUCCCAGAUAAUGAAUUACGCUGAUGUCAGCUCCCGUGCCAACGCGAUCGAGAAGUGGGUGGCGGUGGCGGACAUUUGCCGAUGCCUGCACAACUACAACGGCGUGCUGGAGAUCACCUCCGCCUUAAACAGAAGUGCCAUCUACAGGCUGAAGAAAACCUGGGCCAAGGUGUCCAAGCAGACAAAAGCUCUAAUGGACAAACUUCAGAAGAUCGUUUCAUCUGAAGGAAGAUUUAAAAAUCUCAGAGAAACCCUUAAAAAUUGCAACCCUCCCGCAGUUCCUUACCUGGGGAUGUACUUGACAGACCUGGCAUUCAUUGAAGAAGGAACACCAAACUUUACUGAGGAAGGCCUUGUCAAUUUUUCCAAAAUGAGAAUGAUAUCACACAUUAUCAGAGAGAUACGCCAGUUCCAGCAGACUUCCUACAGAAUAGACCAUCAGCCAAAGGUCACACAGUACUUGCUUGACAAAGCCCUGAUCAUAGAUGAAGAUACGCUAUAUGAGCUGUCACUGAAAAUUGAACCUCGACUCCCUGCUUGAAAAUCUGGCCUUGCCCCUGAGUCCGCAGAGUUUUCACGGAAAGCGGGACAGACAGAAUUGUGCAUGCCACGCCUCACAGGGUGCAGCAUGGAGCCCGUCUCCUUUCUCCACCGAAGAAGAUGGAACCAGACUGGAAUUCUGUCUCUAGCCAGAGAGAAAACCCAGCCGUUUGGGUCAAAGACAGAUGCUUCAGACUCGGGUGGGAAGGUGAAAGACUGAUACUUAGUAAAGCUGACGGCACAGUUUACGUAAGGGAAUGUAAGAUGGGAGAUGCUAGUAGCCAUUUUAAUGAAGCAGGUAAGAAAGUAUAUUUUGGACUCUGUCCCUCGUCUGUUAGUACUCAGGGACAAGGAUCCGUGGAAAAGACCUGUGAUGUUUCCCUGGCACAUAUUGGCCUGGGCACACCUACCAAUCUUCUCCUAGGAUUUAACUGCUUCUAUUACAUUUCAUUUUGUCACAAGCUUCACAAAAAAGCUGAGGCUUCCUCUAUAGGGAUGGGCCAACACAUAAGCAAUUCCAGUCCGCAGCAUGUGCAUGGUUUUCAGUGCAUUAUAAAUAUUUAUAUUUGAGAAAUGGUAUGUUCUGAAACUGCCUUUCCAGUCUUUAGGCGACACCAUAGGAAAGAAAUAAUGAAAGACAAAUGGACUGUAGGUAACAUUUCCUUAAUUAAAUACAGUGGGCUGUGCCUCAGAGGAUUUCAGCCAGUGGCUGACUUGGGGUCGGGGUGGGGAGCUUAUUCCUGAGACAGUUGGGCCCAAGAAGCCCACCGCCUUGGAGAGGCAGCUGCGGAGUUUGCAAAAAGGUGCAUGCCCACCUCACCGACAAAACUGUGGAACACGAUGGGAGGCCACCAAGCGCUAUGGGGAAUAAUGGGUUUCGAUACCAAGGGAAAAUAUAUACCUGAAAAUCAUCCCUGCACCUCUAGCUUGUUUUCUCUUCCCCCACUCAUCGUACUGUAGGAAUCUAUCCUGAUUUACACAAACCUUUUUUUAGGCUCACUAUGAACAUUGGCUGUAGUUUUUAAAAAACACUUUAGUGGGAUUUUCUUUUCAAAAACCCACAUUUCCAUAUGCAGUUGGUAGCUAUCUUUGUUUAAAAAUGAUUUUGAGAUAUUUCUGAGUGAGAGUAUCGUAAGUGUAUGGGAAAUGGGCCCAACCACCCGACAGCGUUAAAGUAGAAAACCAAAUGCAGGGGUUAGUCCUGCUACCCUAGGCUGGGGAAGUGACCUUACUUUUCCCAAGAUAGUCAGUUAUUGAAGAAAUAGGGCUAUCUCAUUGUUUACCUCCCUCUUCUCUUCUCAGGGAGACUGCUGCUUUAAAAGAAGGAAGAGAAAAAAUAGAGAGUUAUCAUUACCUGAGCCUAUUGCACCUGACAUUUUCUCUUAGAGGCAUGAAGCUUAUUGAUGCUGACAAUAAAAAAUUGAUCUGUCUGGCUGUUUUCCCUCUUUCCUUGCACUUUAAUUAUGUUGGUAGAGCUAACAGCUGACAAUAAAUUCCACUUGCUAACUCUUAAGACCCCGUGGAAGAGCUAGCAUUGAUAAUGUACCAUAGAGGUAGAGAAUGUAUAUUUUCUGCACGGUAAGGGCCAUCUCUGUACAUAACUAUUUAGUGAAAUAACAAUUAAGUAAAAUAUUUAUAAUAUUUGAAGACCAUUCCAAAAAUAUUUUCAAUAGCUCAUUAGCCAACAGUGUAGCACUAAACCUAAGAAGGGUUAUUUAUGGAUGCCGUAUUUUUCUUUUUUAAAAAAAAAGUUGCUUGUUUGUUCUCUUUAGUUUCAAAUAAAAGGUUGACGCAUCUUGAUGCAUGAUGAGAAGCAUGGGCUGUUUGGAUCCUAACAAUGCACAACUUGUGAUUUAUUUCUCAGUGUUCAGAAACUGAGGGUUUGAAAUAAUAUGUGUCAAUUGCACCAAACACCUCAAGGUCUCGCAGAAGAAAAGUAAAAGUAAAGGUUAGCUUUCUGGGCUCAAAAACUGUCAUGAAAGGUGGACUAAAGCCAGGACAAAUCUGUGAACGGACCACACACGUACUAGUUUCAGGCAAAGCAACAGUGGGAAGGUCCAUGCGCUCUGCUCUGCCUUGGCGUCACCAAAGUCCUUUGGAGGGCAAGGGAUGGUUCUAUAUGCACUUUCCCUGGAAUUUUGGACUCAUUUCUUUGACCCAGAUGUUCCAGAGGCACUGCAGCCAUUCCUAUUAAAGAAAAAUAAGAGAUAGAGGAAUUUCCAAAUGCUCCUUCCAUUUUGGAACGCAGCUUUUCCUCGACUGGUGACAAACCUUUUGCCCCUAUUUCCUGCAGGCUGUUGGAGGUGCCUUGGUCAUCUGUGGGCACUGUCAGUUGCUAAGCUGAUCCUUCGCUUUCCUUUUG